AUGCUGUUCAGCGGGGCUGCCGCGGAGCCCGGGGGCUCUGGGCGCUCAGCUCGGCCCUUCGCGGCGGGGCCCGGCGGCGGGUGCCGGAUGUGGGACCGGCAGAGACACCGCGCCGGGUCACGCUGCGAGCGGCCCUCGGGCCGACGGGAGCGGCCCGGACACCGGCAGGCAGCAAUGGGGAACCCGAAGGGAGCGCGCGUGUGCCCGACACCUCCUGCCACCGCCGGUGACGUGUGCCCGACACCGCCCCACAGCGUGUGCCCGACACCUGCUGCCACCGCCGGUGACGUGUGCCCGACACCGCCCCACAGCGUGUGCCCGACACCUGCUGCCACCGCCGGUGACGUGUGCCCGACACCGCCCCACAGCGUGUGCCCGACACCUGCUGCCACCGCCGGUGACAUGUGCCCGACACUGCCCCACAGCGUGUGCCUGGGACAUUAUUGGAAUAAUGGUGCACACUCAUAGGAUUUGCAGUCUUUGCACUAGGUUGAUUUCAGA